UCGUGAACGCGCGGCAGUGUGGAGAGUGCGCGGAUGCUGAGAGUGUGUCCGCUCCAUUACUCCUGCAUUAAUAACCUCUGGUGAGAAGACGGAUUACUCUGUUUUAAUGUACUUUGUCUGUUUAUAACACCGGGACGCACUUGUUGGAGAUACUUGACGGCUGUUUGAAGAUGCGUUUGCAGACCGCGGCACAUUCUGGAUGUGUUUAGGGUACUGUGUCUGGUUCAGUGUGGGAGAAAAGCCGACAGUUCCAGAGCCGCAGAUCCAAAGCCCCGUAGAGCCGCACAACCAGACCCGGCCAUGCUGAGCGGACACCUCCUGCACCCGGAGUACCUGCAGCCUCUGCCGGCCGCGCCCGUCAGCCCCAUCGAGCUGGAUGCCAAGAAGAGUCCUCUGGCUCUGCUGGCCCAGACCUGCUCUCAGAUCGGGAAGUCUGGUCCUCCUUCCCCGGGCAGAGACUGCAGAACCAGCCCCCUGAAGAUCUGCCAGAUCGGAGCCGAAGACAGAUCCAGCUUCCAGCCGUACUGUAAAUCCCCGGAGAGCAGAGACUCCAGCGCGGAGAAGAGCGGUGCUCGGGCCGGGAGCGCCAUCUGCAGGCCGGACACCCCGCGCUCCGGCACCGGCAGCCCGAGCUCCAGCAGCGGAAGCGGCCGAGCAGAGGCUCCGCGGGCAGGCAGAAGGAGCAGUGAUACCCGCCGGAGCUCCAGCCCGGAGAAACCCGACAGCACCGCGGACUCCAGCAAAGCGCAGGAGGUGUGCAGACCCGAGGGCUCGGUGUUGGCAUCAUCAUCCUCAUCUUCAUCAGUAGCGUCUCCCGUUUCUCCGUUCAGAUCCGCUCCUCCAGUGUUCCCGGUGUAUCCGUCAGCGUACGCAGCGUUCGCUCAGCCCUCGGUGGUCAGCAGUAAACCCAGCGCAGCGUCAGUGUUCUGCAGAGACCCGUUCUGCUUCAGCUUCUGCAGAGCGGACCCCUCGUACCCGCUGAUGUACGCCCGCCCGCCGCUGCGCCCGCUGUACCCGCUGUACCCGCUGCUGUCCGCCGAUCCGCAGGCCUGCAGCGGAGUGUGUGUGGACGGAGCCUGCGGGAAACACUCCUCAUCCUCAGAGGAGCUGCUGCUGCAUCUGCAGACUCACCCGGCGCUGGAGAAACUGCGGUACGGCGGAGCAGGGGGCGCUCCACAUGCCCCGCCGGCCCUCAGGAACACACAUCCCGCACUCGGGGCCCGAUUCCACCCCUAUAAGAGCCCUUUCUACCCUCCGUACACUCUGUCCAGUGCGCUGGGGUACCAGUGACGCUUCACUCCUCAUCUCAGGACUAUAUUUAUUACUGUGAGCUUUAAAAGCGGAUUAAAGGGUCAGUUCACGCAACAAUUACAGCGUACUCACUGUUUACUCUCACUCAAGUGUUAACUUGCUUUAAAGGGGACUGCUCAUCUGUGCUUCAUCUAGAAUGCUCUGAGUCUAUGCUGACAUCAUCUUCAGCAGCUCAAACACUCUAAUGGCUAAUGGACAGACGGCUGCUUCUCACUCAGGCCUGCUGGACAUGCUAAUGAGAUGGAGACUAGUGGGCGGGGCUUUCCCCUCUGAUGACACGUACAAAGAGAGAAUGCCAAUCAAACACAAAAGUAGAUGAUCUGAAAAAUGUGAAAACCUGUAACCAUUGAUGUCUAUUGUAUGAAUAUACUACUGAAGUCAAUGGUUACUGUUUCCCAGCGUUAUUCAGAGCAUCUUCAUUAGUGUUCAGCAGAAUAAAGAAACUCUUAAAGGUCUGGAAACACCUGAGAGACAGUAAAUAAGAGCACAUCUGUAUUUGUCCGUGAAGUCUCCCUUUAGAUCAGACUCUUCCUGGCUUUAUCUGUGAGGGUGAUUAUUGUGAAACACACACUGUGUAAAGUCUUGUAGUCAAGCUCUGCAUGUCUGUUUUUACAUGUACUGGAAUUAUACAUGGAGGUUUGUGUGAAGAGCUGUUUAUACUGCGCCAUUCUCAGGGAACAACACUUAAAGCAAUUAAAGGAGGAAUCAUCCUGA